UCAAAGCAAAGCAAAUAUUGUUGCUGAAUGUUCUGAGACAUGUAAAAAAAAGUUUGAUAAAAACAAUCCACGAUGGAAAGGACGGAAAGUUGAAUGGAGACAAUGUGGACAUUUUUGUUCAAACUAAUGAUAUAAAAAUGCAGAAUAAGUCAAGGGAUUAUCACUUAUUUGCAAGUGAUUUUACCCCAUACAGAAUUACUGAAAACGAUUUCAAUGAGAAUGACUAUCUCGUGAGCUAUCUUAAGGAGACUAGGAAUACUGAAAUAUGUGUGGACAAAUUCCAACCAGAUAUCAACAUGUUUAUAGAGAACAUAAAAAUCUUGAUAGCCAGGCAACUGAUAGAACACCCAGAUUUCAAAUGGAUGGAAUUAGUUGUACCAAAACACACAGAUUUCCUUCUGAAGGAGAUAAUGUCAAAGAAAACAACUUCAUUUGGAUUGCCUGUUAUGUUGAAGAAUGAAAGUAAAUAUGAAGACUGUGUGCAAAUCAUGGAUGGAUAUGAGAAAUAUCUUCAAGAAUGGUUUACAAAGGCUGUGGGUGGUGACCAGCUAACAAGAGUGCGACUGGAUGGGGCAAAGAGCUUGCAACUUCGUGCACAUACCAAGGAAGAACGAUUUGAAAACCCAUGCCCUGUUGUGGUUGAGAUGUUUCAUAGGCAGAUGGAUUUUCUCCACUCAUCUGGUCGAGACGUUGGGACCCUGUAUAACCUUAAAACACACAUUCAAAGGACAAAUGUGAAUGGCAAUGUUAAAAUUCGUUUUAAGGUAACACAAUAUUACGCUAGUCAAUUGUUCCAAGAGUUUGUAUUCAGUCGAGUGGCUUGUGUGAUGACGUUUCACACGAGAGGCGGAGCCUCGAGUGUGAUGCGAAAUAGCACAAGCCAUUCAGAGGUAAUGGCUUCAGCAGCAUGGGGCCUGUUUCCUUUUCCUUUUUGCUUCAGUUCCUUUCUUUUGGAAGCCAAAACCUUUCGAGAAGUUUCAAACUCUCUGUCAUCCAAAAUGCUGUGGGAAUAUUUAUUUUCCCUUAAAUAUCUGGAAAAAAUCACAUUUAAACAAUUUCUUUUAUUUUUUAAACUUGACCCAUGUACAGAAUUAUUUGAUUUUUUUGCACACGAGGACUUUGUGCUUCUUGUUGGAAAGGCUUUUAUACAAGAGGCAGCUGUGGAAUACUUUGGUAUGGAGUCAUUUGACAGCACACCAACACGUAACAUUCCAGAGGGCAAUAUUAGCCGCAGCCAUCUUCCAAAACGGCUUCAGGAAUUCAAGAAAGCAAUGGACGGACUAAUGAAACUGCUUUGUGCUCCAUUAAGUUUUGAUGAAGUGGAAAGCCAGAGUAAAGUGCCUGUAUUAGUUUCGGGUCAUCGCACGGAAGUGCUUGUUGAAAAUGAGAACCUAACCAUCAACGUUAUACACAGGGGUCAGCUUUUGAAGAUAAAUGAGCCAUUAAAAAUGGUUCAGAAUCAAUCAUGUGUGAAAAUAAUGGUUGGGGAAACCGCAUUAGAGGGGUCUUUGGUGAAGGCAGAUGAGUUCCAGAAUUAUGUACUAAAUUUUCUGCAGCACUAUUGUGUGCUACUUAACUUAAAAGAUACUAUUCGUGAGGGUGAUAUCUUUCGACUGAACAAUAUCUUGAAACUAGCAACGCCUUUCUUCUUCAAUCAUUCACCCAUGUCUGAAUGCAUUGACUAUGUACUAAAAACAGAAAUCAUUAUGCCUCUAAAACUUGGAAUGCAAGUGCGGACUUCUUCAUUUGUAAAUUUGAAGGGUAGACAAGCAAAAAAUAAAGCAGCAGAUAUGGAGAAGGAAAAUCAAGUUAAGGAAAUAAAAGACUUCAUACGUGGACUUGGAUCAAACAAAACUGAGCAGGCUAUCGUCAAAGUGACCGCCGCAGCUCCUGUAAUUAAAGAAAUAGUUAAUAAAUUAGAUUGUUUAUAUAGACAGGACAUCAGUGCAUAAAAAACCUUCCGAAAAUGAUGAUCUACUUAUGACUGCAAAAGUCCUGCGGGAAGUAAGACCUUUCGUUAAGAUUGAUGGCAGGAAAGUAGAUGAGAGUAUUAGGAUGAAAGCCGCAGUGUUCUGGACCUGAAAGGCAAACAAGUGACUUUCAAUGAGCAUGUAUUAAACACAGCAUUGAGGCUAAGAAGAGGUUUACCAAUGCCUGAAGAAAAUGAGGACGCUGAAUAAGAAACUGCUGUUAAAGGCAAGGUCUUGACCAGUAUGAUGCAUCCUACUUUUAUUGGGUUUGUCAAACCGGAAAGUUUUUAAAAAUUCAUUUUACUGCUACUUUGCUUUUUAGCUCACCUGAUUGCUCAGGUGAGCUUUUGUGUCCGGUCUUUGUCCGUCGUAUGUCCGUCCGUCCGUCCGUCCGUUAACAUUUGCUCGUAAACACUCUAGAGGCCACAUUUCUUGUCCCAUCUUCAUGAAACUUGAUCAGAAGCUUUGUCCCAAUGAAAUCUCGGCCGAGUUCGAAACUGUGUUGUGCUGGGUCAAAAACUAGGUCACGAGGUCAAAUAAAGAAAAACCUUGUAAACACUGUAGAAGUCACAUUUCAUGCCCAAUCUUCAUGUAACUUUGUCAAAAUAUUUGUCUUAAUGAUAUCUUGGUUGAGUUUAAAAGUGGUUCCGAUCAGUUAAAAAACAUGGCCGCCAGUGAGCGGGUCAGUUUUCCUUAUUUGGCUAUACAGUCCAGAGAAUCAUGCCACGAAAAGUGCUCAUUCAGGCUGGCUUGGCUGAAGCAUAUUUACAGUUACCGCUGAUGGGCCACAUGUGGGCUGUGGUCAGUCUCUCAGCAUGGUAGGGUAAUUAGGGGCCAUAAAACUGCCAUACAACUGCACAGGACCGGUGUGGUUUCAAGUUGCUUCCAAGUACUGUUUAACCAUGUAUUCUAAUAAUUCUUCUUGUAAUAAAAACCUUAAACAGUUUUGCAUGUUUUCACGAUAUAUGUUUAGACUGAUAAGUUAAUUAAAAUACAGUAAAAUAUAAAAUUUCAAGAUAUUUAAAAUGCAUGGAAUAUUUCAAAAUUUAGAAUUCAUAUUCAUAAAAAAUGGGUACAUGUAUGAACAAUAUGUACUGGAGUUAUGACAUUUGAGGCAUUUUGCUUCAUUAUUAAUUUCAAAAUGUAUUGUUUGCAAUAAAAACAUAACACAAUAUCCAGACAAAAAUGUCACACAAGUUUAUUCACAGAUCAAUGCAGUAAUUAAGCUCACAGUGUGCAUUGUUUUGCUAAUCAUGCUAAAAGGUCACAUUUUAAGAUAUUUAUUCGAAGUUAACACUGACAUAACACUAAUCUCUGGCAGUUAACUACAUUUUUGACAAGGAACUGACAAAAAUGCUCAUUAUCGACACAGUGCAUCCUUCGAUGUUGUAUGCACGAGAUUUUAAACAUAAAAUCUUAUAUCUAUUCAAUUUUAAAAUAUAAAGUUAAGUGACAUGUUGAAAAAUUUCUAAACACUACGAGUACAAUAAAAUGUACAAACAAGCAGAGUUAAAAUUGUCCUCAAUCAUUUAUAACUUAAGCUUUAGCUUAAAUCUGUUCUAGACUCUCCAAAAGAUACAACACUUUGUGUACAACGGAAAGCUCAUUGAAUGGCUCUUUAAUAGUUUCUCAGGUUCUACUAAACAUUAAUCCUUUCUUAUACCUAUGAAAAGGUAUAAUCAUGUAUUGCUUUAAAUGAGUCCUGAAUAAUAUUGAUAAAGACCACGUAUAUUCUAUUUAAGAGAUAAUUUCCAGGCCAAGUAAACAACCUACACAUUACACUAUUACAGAGUUAUAGUACUAAGCAUCUUUAGUCCUUAUGACGCCUUGAACGACUUUUCCAAAAAUAAGUAUACUCUGAUCAGACAGCUCCUAAAGGACGUACUUGAUUAGGUUAAACUAUGUUUGCUAAUGUAUGAGCAAACAAUGCUUGGCAAAAAUAUAUGAUGGCAUAAAUUAUGCUACCUUUCAUCUAAUACACAUUUUUGUUAUUUUGUUGAGGUAUACAAAACAAAAAUUAUUUGAAUAUUCGCAUAGACAACUGAGAAAAAUAAAAGUGGAUCUGUAAUGGUUAUAAUUUCAAAUGUUUCAAUUCACUUAUCUUGAUUUAAAAUUAGAGUCUACUUUCUUUCAUUGCAUACUGUUGAACAUACAAGACUAUGUUACAUUAAUAAUUUUUUCUCUCAUAACUUACAAUAAUUAUUUAUUGUAAAAGGGGCCUUUUCACAGACUUUGGCAGGUUUGGAAGUUUGUCAUUCAAUGCUUUAUAUUGAUAAAUGUAAGCAUCGUAUAUAAAAAGCUCCCGAAAAUAAUCAAGAAUAACAUUAAAAAAAGAAAAAAAAGAUAACCCUCAGCAGGGCUUGAACCACUAACCCCUGGAGUUCUGGAGUAAAAUGUCUACCACUAAGACAUCUCGGCCAUCCUUCCUGAUACAAUGUCGGAUGUAUUUUAUACCUUAUCUAAGCAAUCCUCGUAGUUUUCAGAUGUCCGUAGAAAUGAUUGUUGUUGAAAAAAUUCAAACAAUUGCCUCGCAAUGUUUAUUAUGCAAAAGGUAUAAAAUCUCGAUUUCCAACAAUUUUUGCAUGUGCUUCCACGAGUAGUGAAUAUAACACUGUGUAGCUGUUUAAUACUAAAAACGCAUAAGGUACCUCAAAAGUGAAGUUUGGGCAUACCAGCCAACUUUUUAUCAACUUUUAUGGCCCCUAAAUUACUCUAAUCAUGCUGGGAAGCUGACCGCAGCACACAAUAAUUGGUAUCUUGCCAUUAUCUGUUACUGUAAAUAUGGUUAGAACUGACCAGCCUGAAUGAGUGCUUUUCGUGGCAUGAUUCUCUGGACUGUAUAGAGAAACCUUGUAAACACUCUAGAAGUCACCAUUUUUGCCCAAUCAUCAUGAAAGUUGGUCAAAACAUUGGUUCAAUUGAUAUCUCGGACGAGUUUGAAAAUGGUCGAGAUCGGUGAAAAACAUGACUGCCAGUGGGCGGGGCAUUUUUCUCUUAAGUAUAUAGUGGCAGUUUUCCCUCUUUGGCUUAAGAGAAACCUUGUAAACACUCUAGAAGGCACAAUGUUUGCUCAAUCAUCAUGAAAGUUGGUCAAAACAUUGGUUUAAUUGAUAUCUCGGACGAGUUUGAAAAUGGUUGGGUUCGGAUAAAAAACAUGGCCGCCAGUGGGCGGGGCAUUUUUCUCUAUUUGUAUAUAGUGAAAACAUGUGAACACAGUAGAAGUCACAUUUUUUGCCCAAAUUUCAUGAAACUUGCUCAGAAUAUGUGUUUCCUUGAUACGAGAGUUGAGUUCAAAAAUGGUUCCGGUCAGUUGAAUAACAUGGCUGUUGGGAGGGGGGCAGUUUUCUCAUUAUGCCCCCCCCCCUUCUUUCGAAGAAGAGGGGGUAUAUUGUUUGCUCAUGUCGGUCCGUCCGUCCACCAGAUGGUUUCCGGAUGAUAACUCAAGAGCGCUUAUGCCAAGGAUCAUGAAACUUCAAAGGUACAUUGAUCAUAACUCGCAGAUGACUCCCAUUGAUUUUCAGGUCACUAGGUCAAAGGUCAAGGUCACGAUGACCCGAAAUAGUAAAAUGGUUUCCGGAUGAUAACUCAAGAACACUUAUGCCUAGGAUCAUAAAACUUCAAAGAUACAUUGAUCAUGACUAGUAGAUGACCCCUAUCGAUUUUCAGCUCACAAGGUCAAAGGUCAAGGUCACGGUGACCCAAAGCAGUAAAAUGGUUUACGGAUGAUAACUCAAGAACGUUUAUGCCUAGGAUCAUGAAACUUCAUAGAUAAAUUGAUCAUGACUCGCAGAUAACCCCUAUUGAUUUUCAGGUCACUAGGUCAAAGGUCAAGGUCACGAUGACCCGAAAUAGUAAAAUGGUUUCCGGAUGAUAACUCAAGAACGCUUAGGCCUAGGAUCAUGAAACUUCAUAGGUACAUUGAUCAUAACUCAUAGAUGACCCUUAUUGAUUUUCAGGUCACUAGGUCAAAGGUCAUGGUCACGAUGACCCGAAAUAGUAAAAUGGUUUCCGGAUGAUAACUCAAGAACGCUUAGGCCUAGGAUCAUGAAACUUCAAAGGUACAUUGAUCAUGACUCGUAGAUGUCUCCUAUCGAUUUUCAGGUCACUAGGUCAAAGGUCAAGGUCACGGUGACCCGAAAUAGUAAAAUGGUUUCCAGAUAAUAACUCAAGAACGCUUAUUCCUAGGAUCAUGAAACCUUUAUAGGUACAUUGAUCGUGACUCGAAGAUGACCCCUAUUGAUUUUCAGGUCACUAGGUCAAAGGUAAAGGUCACGAUGACAUGAAAUACUAAAAUGGUUUCUGGAUGAUAACUCAAGAAUGCUUAUGCCUAGGAUCAUGAAACUUUAUAUGUACAAUGGUCAUGACUCGCAGAUGACCCCUAUUGAUGUUCAGGUCACUAGGUCAAGGUCACGGUGACCUGAAAUAGUAAAAUGGUUUCUGGAUGAUAACUCAAGAACGCUUAUGCCUAGGUUCAUGAAACUUCAUAGGUAUAUUGAUCAUGACUCGCAGAUGACUCCUAUUGAUUAUCAGGUCACUAGGUCAAAGGUCAAGGUCACAGUGCCAAAAAACGUAUUCACACAAUGGCUGUCAAGGUCACGGUGACUCAACUUAGAAAUAUGGUUUCCGGAUGAUAACUCAAGAAUGCUUACGCCUAGGAUCAUGAAACUUCAUAGGUACAUUGAUCAUGACUCGCAGAUGAAAUAAUGAUGAAACAUGACCAGGAUGUUUGUCUGGACAAUAUCUAGGUCAUGUUCGACAUUUGGUAAAGGUUGAAUGAACCGACUCCUCUCAUGUGAGCGAACUAAGGCCAUCUUGGCCCUCUUGUUUACCUGAAAUUAGGAUACAUGUAUUCGUUUUGAUGAUAUCUUACAUAUCAUUAAGUAAAUAAUGUAGCAAAAGUGUUCUAGCUUCCAACAUAUUUAUAUUUAUACUUACUUUUGUGUGUAUAUGAAACAUGUAGCCAAACAAAUUUGAUCCCAUGUUUAGUGCACCCAGGUUUGUAAGUUUUCCUGUGCUUGAAUGGAAAACAAACACUUACCUGAACAUUUUUGACAGAGUGUUAAAUGAGUUAGUAAGUGUUUAAUAUCAGAUAACUAUUUUACCAACAAUUGCCAUGCAUGAAGAAAAAAACAUUCUCUCACAAUAGUUUUGUAGUAUUGACACUCCUAUUGCUUCCAGUUUGUGUAAAAACAGGUUUCCACAGCAGCUUAUGUUUUUUGAAAUUUCUUCUUAUUAUGUUGCUUUGUGUCAGGGCCAACAUCUUAAUAUAUCUUAAACUGUGAUUGUGUUGUUUGUCUUAAACAUUAAUGUUACUGUUGCUCUUUAAAGGUUCAUAUAAUUUCUGAUUGAUACCAUUCCAUAAUUUGAGUUUUAACAACAGUCUUUUAUCACUUUUCGGUGUAGUGUAAAUGCUUUGCCUGUAAUACACUUAAAUUCCAAUAUAUCAAUAUCAAUGAAAAAUAGUUAAAUUAAUUAUUUUACAAAUGUUGAAUAAUUACUGGUUGGAAGGUUUCAAAAAAAGCAUACAAAAGCAUUGGAUGGGCCUUAAAGAUUGUUUAUGUUGACAUUCUUGUGAAUGCAUGAAGGCAUUGUAUUACAUGUAGUCCUAAGAAGAUUCUUAAAACAAUGUUAAUAGUACUGUACUGUGAAUGCUUUGUAUUAGUGUUAUUUUAUGUCUAAACAAUAACAUUCAACCGUCUCAUUGUCUUAUUCUAUUGAAUUCAUAAUUGGUAUUGUAGCAACAAGGAAUGCCAUUUGUGAAGCUUUUAUUUAUUUUGCAAAAAUAAUUCUCUUUAAUAUUGUUUACCUGUAUGAUAAAGUACUUUAUUCGAGAUCAUAAAAAAUAUAAUCUAGUUCUUUACAUAUUUCUCCUCAAAUGUGUUUUUUUAGUAAAAAGACUUGAUCAUAUUUUGAGAGGCAUAUGAGUCAUUUUGUUGGUUGGUUAGACAGUUCAUACAAAAAUGUUUAAUGUUAUGAAAUUAUCAAGCAAACAACUUUAUGAUUUCUCUAGCGAUUUAUUUGAAACCUCAAAUAAAUCAUCACAAUUGAAUUGUUAAAAAACAAA